AUGAGACAGAGGAGAUGGAUGGAGUAUUUGAAAGACUUUGAUUUUGAGCUUAAGUAUCACCCAAGGAAAGCGAAUAAGGUUGUAGAUGCCUUAGGUCGGAAAGAGAUGCAUAAAGUUGAGUUAAUGAUGUUAGAAUAUGCAUUGUUGGAAAAGUUCCAAGAUCUUAACCUUCAGUUUAAUUGGACGCAGGAUGGUGUGAUAAUGGGAAAUUUGAAGGUUACUUCUAACCUAAAGGAAGAAAUCCAGCAAGGACAAAUGAUAGAUGAGAAGUUGCAAGAGAUGUCGACUCAACCAGGUUUCACUCAAUCACCAGAUGGAGUUGUUCUUUUUAAUCAAAGGAUCUGUGUCCCAAAUGAUGUCGAACUAAAAAGAAAGGUUUUAGAGGAAGCCCACAAGGGGGCGUUUACCAUCCAUCCAGAUUCAUCGAAGAUGUAUCAAAACUUGAAGAAGGACUACUGGUGGCCUGGAAUGAAAAAGGGUAUCGCAAAGUAUGUUUCGAAAUGUAUAGUGUGCUAG